AUACAGUCUAGUCACAUAAUUUCGUGGAUACAUAAGUUCGUGGACUUCCGGAAAUCCCAAAUAUUUCGCAUGUGUGUUAUUGUUAUGACGUCAUCAUUCGCAUGUUUUGAUUGCUAUAGGAUAUCCCUACAACGUCAACAUACAAAAUGAAUCUCGUCGUUUCAAGCAAGGUUCAACUUAAAAGGCAGAAAUACAAGUCGUAUUCACCAACAAAACUGACUAAUGCUUAUCUGGAUGUUACUGACAAGAAGCUUAGUGUUGCCAAGGCUGCAAGAAAGUAUUGUCUUCCUGAACAGACACUAAGAGACCGUGUAUUGGGCCACAUCUCUAUAGACAACGUAAAGUCUGGACCACCACCAGUGUUCGACUGUGAACAGGAGGCAAGAUUGGUUCAGCACAUAAAAGAAAUGGGUGCAGUAGGAUAUGCAUACACCAGAGCUGAAGUGGUGGAUCUUGGAUCUGAGUAUGCUGUUCACAUGGGUAUAAAGACGAAAGACGACAAGCAGCUGUCAUUGAGAUGGUUUUACAGCUUCAUGGGUAGAUGGCCUGAACUAAAGGUAUGGAGACCUAAAACCAUCUCAGAACUUAGAGCAAAGGCAACCUCAAGGGCAUCAAUUUACAGGUACUUUGAUGAACUUAACCGUAUAAUGGAAAAAUAUCAGCUAAAAGACAAGCCACAGAGUAUAUAUAAUGUUGAUGAGAAGGGUUUACAACCAAACUAUAAACCACCAAAUGUUGUGGCCUCUGCAGAGUAUGUACCCUCUACCUUGUCUUCAGAAAAAGGUCAAACAACAACUGUAAUGGGAUGUGGUAAUGCCUUAGGACAUCAAAUUCCACCAUAUUUUAUUUUCGCUGGUAAACGUAUGAGACAGGAGUUGUUAGAAGGGGCCACACCUGGUGCUGAUGGGUCUGUCAGUGAAACUGGAUGGUCCAAUUCAGAGAUAGUUCAGUCCUACCUGGAAAAUCAUUUCAUUAAAUACGUCACUGGUAUGCAGGACAAACAUAUUCUUCUUCUGUAUGAUGGUCACAGGACUCACAUAACACCAGAUAUCAUUGAUUGGGCAGUAGAGAAAAAAAUUAUCUUGUAUGUUUUGCCUCCUCACACCAGCCAUGUUCUUCAGCCCAUGGAUGUUGGUUGUUUUGGGCCUUUCGCAAGAAUCUACAGUUCAGAAUGUCAUAAAUUCCAACGUACCCAUUCAGCAGUAAUUAACAAAUACAACUUAUGCUCUAUUGCCUGCAAAUCCUACAAUUCUGCUCUUUCUCCUUCAAAUUUGCAGUCUGCUUUCCGUAAAUCUGGUAUUUACCCGUUAGAUAGAGAUGCUAUAGAUCAGUCCUUGUUUUCUAUUUCUGAUGCUAUUCAUAGACAGAGCCAAUCAGAGGAAAAUACCAAAGUUGAUGAUGUCCCUGCCAUUGAAAAUGAAACAACAGAACCAGUUAAUUUAAUGUCUGAUUCAGAGAUCAAUGCAGACACAGAACCUAUAUUAUCAAACCAGGAAAAUGAAAACAUUCAGAUUUAUGUAGCUGAAAAAAUUACUGACGAAAAACCAGAUGAAAAUACAACUUUCUUCACUGCAAAAUCAACAAAUUUGUCCAAGAAAAAUCCACCAAAACAAGAAAGACGUUCCAUCUACAAGAUAGUAGCAGGAAAGGCAAUUACAGAACCAGAGACACGUCAAGAAAUAAAGGAGUACAUUGCACAGUCAAAGUCAAGGAGCAAGUCUAAAACAAACAAUAAAUCAACAAAACAUAACAUUAACCAAAAUGCUAAGAAAACAACAACUAAACGUAAACAAAAUGGUUCAUCAUCUUCUUCCAGUUCAACAACCACAAACAAGAAAUUAAAGAAGAAUCAACAAGAUUCACAACAGCCAGGUCCAUCAGGACUACACAAAAUAGUUGUUUCUGACGGUUCAAUUACAGAUGAAGAUGAUCAAGAUGAUGAUAACACAUUGUGUUGUGUUUGUAACAUGUGGCAGCCAAAGGAGUUACAGGAUUGCAUCUCCAUUGUAUUCACACAAUGGGCCAAAUGUGAAUUUCUACAAUGUGAUCAUUGGACUCAUCUUAAAUUUUGCUGUGAUGUCUCCGUCCUACGCAGGUCAGAUAAAUUUUACUGCCCAUGCCAUGGCUUACCCUGCAAACAGAAAGAAACUGAAGAAUAAUGAUAACGAUAUACAUUUGAUAAUUGUUUGACCGUUUCCAGUUAUUUAUAUUUAAAGACAUUUACUGUUGCCAGUUCUUUAUUAACAGUUGGAACACUUUUGAGUUGUGAACAUUUGCUUGAUUUUAUAAAUAUGAACUUUAUCUUCUGUGGAAAGAAAUUAAAUCAUGAUUCCAAAGGAAAAAAUUGACUGAAAUGUAUCUUUAAGCACAUUUUUUUUAAUUAAUGGUAAGUAAAAAUAAUUGUUAUUAGCAACU